AUGGACGUACACACAAUCUACGCAAAUAGCACAAAUCUAAAAUAUUUUAUUGGAAAUACCGUCAGAAUCGUUGGUAAAGUUUUAAAAAUUAGCGAUAAUAUCGCUAUGGUUGAAUCCACAGAUGGAGGUCAGAUAUCAGUCACAAUGAAUAGAGAGAGUGAUUAUAGUCAGGCUACCUUCUUUGAAAUUAUCGGCAAAGUCCAAUCUGAGAUUGCUCUCACAGAAUACACGAGUAUACCCCUCGGGAAUGACCUGGCUAACCCAUCAACUCUUGCAGAUCUCAGCGUGGUUGAUAAAGUCAUAGAAGCCAUGUUGAAACAUAAAGAUAUCUUUUGAGAAUGUAACAAUGACUGUAUGAUUAUUUAUUGACUUAUACUAAAUAUAUACUGGAAAGCCAUCUUGAAAUGCUCAUUAUACUUCCCCUUUCAUAUUGGCCUACAUAAGACAAAC